GUCGCGCGUCAAAAAUGUUUUCCGGCUGCUGGUUUGCGCAAAUCUAUGAUGGCAGAGGAAAAUAUGGUAUCGGAAAGUCUGCGUUCUGCGUUGCAAUGAAAGUUUCGAUUCUGACUCUCUUGAUUUCAACUAUAAUAGCAACAAAAUUCGUAGAUGCAGCAAAUAGCAAUGGGCGUUUUAAGUACAUCAAGAAGCCCGUCUCGAAAUACAGAGUAAAAGACGAUCCGGCCGAUGAACAUGUUGCAUCUGGAGAGGAACGUGAGGCUCCUGCCAAAGACGGAGCCCCAGUGACUCCAGGAGAGGACGGUGUUUCUGCACAACCAGAAGAGAGAUCGCCAGAUCUAGCUGGAGAACAGGGUCCGCCCUCUGAUACGCCACCUCCAGCUCAAGAGGAAGCAAAUCGAGACCCUCUGCAGGAGAUCGUUCCUUCCUCCGAAGGAGAAACACCAGGGAAUGAAGAAGGUAAAACAGGUGAAGCCGCACCAGGUGGGGAAAAUCCGGCAUCUGGGGCUGAACCGGCGGAGGACGGAGCUCCAAACAGCGAGGGGCAACAAGGGGGCAACGAUGGGGACACUCCGAGAAAAAACGAAAAUGACGGCAACAACCCUGGUGAAGGAGGGAAUCCUGGCGAGGUUGACUUCUCCACAGAAGGGGCCAGAAGCGCCUCAACGUUCGUUUACACGAAUGAGAUGGGCGAGCCAGUGACAAGUUACACAACCCCGACUCCGUCGGUGUAUUCCUUUCGGAGGACCACAGCAACUAUAAUCAACGGGCGCAGAAUAAAAGUGAUGACCAACAGACGGGGUUGGAACAGGCAGUCGUUGGUUGGCUCCGGAGAUUGACAAAAAUUGAGAACAAAAAUCUUGUCCAAAAUGACUUCGAGAAGCUAUUUUAUUUUAAUGGAAUUUAUGUGUAUUUUUAAAUAAUAAAAUAAAUUUGAAAAGAAAUUUUUUACUGAGAACU